AUGGUGGCUACGAGAACAGGUCCGCGUCGAACACUUCGCCGUGUUAAACAUCUCCAAAUCACGAACGAUUUGCGGGGUGGGCGAUCACUAGAAUUUGGUCGCCAGUAUCAUUCGAGCCCGUCCGACGUCAGACGCGAUGUAGUGCCCUCAAGCAGAACACCUCGGCAGUCUCCCCAGAGCCCCCGCCGAUCACUGAGGUCCAGGCGGUCUGUACGCAGUUUCAGCUCAUUUGAUUCACUAUUAAGUCAAGAUAUAACACCACCCACUCCAGGACGACCGGUAUCGAGAAGCACGCCGACAAUCGGAGGAGCCUCAACCACCCCUAGCGAUGGUGCGACCAGAAGACAAUUCACCGGAAUUCUUGAGCCAUUAUUCACACCGGCACAACGCUCAUCAGUUCAAAAGAUGGUCAGUUAUUUGGAGGACGGGACACAAGUGACUACCUUUGUGAUGACCUCACCCACCAGCCAUGGGAGCGCCGACUCCGAUGGUUUCCGGAGUCCUUUUCAGCGUGAUCCGAGUCCGCCACUCACACCCAGCGAUGCCGACAGUAUCUGGCGGGAGAAUCGGAGGCACUCAAUUGAAAUUAGAAACCAGAUUUCGCGCCUUUUGAGCUUCGACUCAACCCUAUCAGAGGGGGAUGAAACCACCCAUCGUCAAAUAUUUUCCGUACGCUCGAGGUCAAACAGCCUCGAGAGUCGCGCGGAAACAUCAUCUAUACUUUCCAUCAUAUACGCUUCCUCCAAUAAUGGAAAUAACGAGGAGGGGAGUGUUUCAUCACAUCAGUAUGUGGAGGAUACAGCCGGCACCUCGCCUGUCGAAAAAUCGCGUCGAACUGCGUCAACACCUCCAUCCAAUUCAACUGAGAAACCAAGCAUUGAGAUCAGGUCUCGCCGGAACAGUUCCGUUAGCGUGAUUGCAAUGUUGGCCCCAUCAUCCAAGAAAAAUCUCGCAUCGGCGGGAAAGACAAUGACAGCUCGCUUCUUCAUUUCCGGGUCGAAGGCAUGUAAAAGAUUGGUUUCUCGGAUUGGGAUAUGUGAUAUUUUUGCCCGUCGUGCUACAGGUCCCUAUACGUCAGCUGGGUCAACAGCAUCUUCCGAAGCAUCAACUUUGUGUACCAGUGUAAAUAAUCUCACCGCAAGGUCCGAUGGGAGAAACUAUCUCCUAAACUCGGGCAGUCACCUGGAGUCAAUCUGGAGUGUUGAAAGAGACGAGACCGUUGGUGCUUGGUCGCCACGCGAGGGAAGUCCGGCGGGUGAGAGCGAGAAGAAUGCAGAUGGAGAUAUUGGCGGCUACGGCUGUUUAUCCACUAGUGAGGAGUACUCCCGGGGCACUAGUACAACGCACGAAACCACUAUGUCAAGCAUGAGCUCAGGUCUCAAAAAUUCAGGAUGCGAUCGCUACCUGCGUCUAUGCCAUACUAGCAGCAGUGAAGAAUAUCAGAGACCACCAACUGCAGCCUAUUAUGAAGAUCCUUCCGAUCCGACCUCGUAUUACCGCCCAGAGCACACUCAGUCCGAUAUUGACAAUGACGUGCCAACUCCUCCUUCCGGGCGAUGUGUUCGACCAGCAUGCUAUACAACAAUCGAACCAAACACUUCGUUAUCAAGGGCAUGGACCGUCCUUCGACCUAACUGGAAAAGAGAAUUCAAUACUGCCAGUAAUGAGAGAGAAGUGGACGAUCAAAUGAAGGGGAGAUGCCAGGACAUAUCGUAUCUCUCCAAUGAUUCGUCCAUCUCCAUAGGAAGUACUGCAACCGUUAUCAAAAAAGUUCCACUAGAGAACCACGAUAAGCAAUUGGGGAGCCAAGCAGCGGAUCAGAUGGCUACGUCACGUUCCCAGCUCGAGAGCCUCUGCUUCGCAGAUGCGACAGAUGAGGAUGAAGCUGCAAAUAAAAGCGACCGUAGUUCGAUAAGAGCGAUUCCGUCAACACCAACCACCUUGGAGCAAACUCACGAUCUACUCCACGUUCUCGCACAAGCUACCUCUCAGCUUCCCACAGUACCAGAUACUAUGCACCAGAUUAUCGCGGAUACACGAAGCUCUAACGUCUCCAAUGAGACCGUUUUUCAACCGGGACAGCCAGGAGCGGUCGCUCUUUCCGAAGCCGCGAAAGCCGUCCCGACCCAAGAUUCUCUGGAUACCGAAGGGAGUAAGAGCCAGUCUUGGCUUAAACAAAUUUCUCUGAGAGUUAAAGCCAGCGUGAUGGAUCUCCGGAAACGCGACCUCGGCAACAAUACAGAUCGUCGAAGUCGCUAG